AUGAAAGAAGGCGGCUGCAGGAGCCUCCGACCCGUCCUGCUCAGAGCAGUUGUGUCUGUGGUCUUCAUUGAGUCUGUGGUCUUCACUGAGUUUGUGGUCCUCACUGAGUCUGUGGUCUUCACUGAGUCUGUGGUCUUCACUGAGUCUGUGGUCUUCACUGAGUUUGUGGUCCUCACUGAGUCUGUGGUCUUCACUGAGUCUGGGGUCUUCCCUGAGUCUGUGGUCUUCACUGAGUCUGUGGUCUUCACUGAGUCUGUGGUCUUCACUGAGUUUGUGGUCCUCACUGAGUCUGUGGUCUUCACUGAGUCUGUGGUCUUCACUGAGUUUGUGGUCCUCACUGAGUUUGUGGUCUUCACUGAGUUUGUGGUCUUCACUGAGUUUGUGGUCCUCACUGAGUCUGUGGUCUUCACUGAGUUUGUGGUCCUCACUGAGUCUGUGGUUUUCUCUGAGUCUGGGGUCUUCCCUGAGUCUGUGGUCUUCACUGAGUCUGGGGUCUUCCCUGAUGGAGCUGUUGUGGUGUUGAUGUGA